AGCCUCGCGCGCCCCGCCGCCUGUCGCCCACAACAGCCCGCAUCAUCAUCAUCAUCAUCACCACCAUCAUCAUCCUCAUCAUCAGCAGCAGCAGCAUCAGUGUGAUGAAGCAGCGGAGGACGGAGACCUUGCUGCUCUGAGACACUGGAUCAGCCCACAGACAGGAUGACUGAGGUGAUGAACUCUCUGGAGCCGGCUACGGAGGACUUCGGCGGGGGUGGAGCUGCAGCAGAUCAGGACACUAUCAGGUAUCCAAAGCUGUCAAAGAGGCUUCCCUCCAUCGUGGUGGAGCCGACGGAGACGGCCGAGGUGGAGAGCGGCGAGCUCCGCUGGCCACCGGACGAACCGAGCUCUCCGGACGCCAAAAGUGGGAGACAGGGUGCAGAGGGGCAAACUGCAGAUGAAGAAGCGUUGAAUGCUGACGUGGGCGAGGAGGCUUCAGGGGCGGAGAUGCAGGACGCCAACUGAACACACUCUCCUCACGUUUAAUCCACUGUUACUGUGAGUGUUUCCAGACUUGGAUGAAUGAAAAAGUGUCUGACAGAAGAGCACAUUACAUUAAAGAUAGAGAGAUCAUGGAGGAGAAGGUAGACAAAACAGAGUCCCAAACCCCGGACUGUGGGCUUGGAGCCAGAGUCGUGUUUUUGGAUAAAUUAACAGAAGGUGUUUUUUUAUUUCAUGAAAGAGUUUGUUCUGUAAAGAUCGAAGGGACCAAGCUGCCAUUAUGACACUUUUCCAGUCUUCUUGAGCUGCCUGGAAAUAAACUCUAGUUCCUGGCAGCAGACAUGCUUUUACUGCCACAAUUUAAAGUGCACAGCCGUUAGACAGACGCUACUAUGACUGUUGUCACAUUUCCAGCUUUGUGAUUUUGUUCUUUUUUUUAAUUUGCUAAAUCAAAUUUCCCUUUCUCUCUGGCUCCAAGCCUUGGCCGUCCAGAUGUUCCAUGAUAUCGUUUCAGAUCUGGACUGAUGUUUCUAAAUGCUGUCUUAAGUAUUUAGCUCAUGUGUGCCAUAUUACUACUACUUCUGAUGGUAGCUACUGUAUUUUGUGCACAGUUUUUACAUUAACUCUAGAUGUAAAUAACAUCACUGUCUGUUAAGUGGUGGCUGCUGUAGUUUGGUGAUUUUGGUUCACUUUGUAACAAUAGCUACGAUGUUUUGAAGAGAAGUAUUUGACUAAAGAAGCCUUCAUCACUUUAUUGAUGUUAUUAUUAUAAAACAUUCUUUAAUAUAUUGUCUUUCUACAGUAGGUGUUAAAGGGAAUGUAAUCGUGCUGUUUUUCUUCAGAUAUUUAAGCAAUAUGUUCACAGGGUUUUAAAGGCAGUCCAUUUUGUUACAGAAGUAAUAAUAAUCAGUAUAUUUUAGAUGUGUGUCGCUUGUCACAGACAUGAUAUUUUUUAAAAUACUG